AUGAAAGGUUCCAUUGUCUGUAUUGUUUGUGUUGUGUUGUUGGUGUUGACGAUUCAAUAUGAGAACAGCUUUGCAUCUCUGACAUCAAAACAACAACAAUUAACACUCUUUCUAGAUUCGAAUAGUAAUUUUAUAAAUUCUAAUUGCUUGGAAUCAACAUUUCCUUGCUCUAAUUUUACACAAAUUAUUCAAGCCACUAGGAAUUUAUUAAACGAAACUAACAAGCUCGAUAAUUUGGAAGUUUUGGUUAGAAUUCGGGGGGAAAUUACUACUUGUGAUCAUGUCAUUAAUUUUUCACAAUUUACAACAAAUUUCAAGUUGAGUUUAGUCUCAUGGGAUGUGAACAACCAAUUCUCUAUACCACCACGUCGGUGUGUUUUCAUUGAUGAAGAUUCUAGUUCUAUUAAUGAACUCUAUUUGGAAAAUGGACACAUAGAGAUGGAUUUAACAAAUCGAGAAUUUGAUAUAGUUUCGAUUGUAAACUCUACAGGUGAAAUGUAUUUCAAUACGAAAGAAUUUUCAUGUGAUAGUUCAACGAUUAACAUAAUCCUCAAAAAUAGUGAAAACAUUCGAAUUAAGAAUUCGAAUAUCGAUAUUAAUUGUAAAGCAGGUACUCAAUUUAAUGAUUUUAAUGUGGAAAAUUCAAUUCUGAUUAUGAGUGACUCAGAAAUUUCUAAUUUUAACACAUUCUCUAUUAGAAAUUCUAUUUGGAAGUUGGAAAAAGUUAGUAUCAUCUAUACUAUCCGAUUGAAUCUUGGAGCAUACGUUUCAAUAACUGAUUGUGAAAUUAUUGGAAGCAAUGCCAUGUUUGAAAAUAUUGACGUAUUGGAAAUGACAAGAAUCAAGUCAAGAGAACUCGAUCAUUUAACAGAUGAGGAUAGUAGUGUCACUAUCUUUACACUAUUCAAUAUUCGCAAUAUUAAGGUUUCAACCAGUAAUUUCACAGAAAACAAAUUUGCAGGCAGCGUUUUUGAUAUACAAGGAUGUUAUCAAGUGGAAUUCACUAAUUGUAAUUUUUACAAUAAUUUACAAAAAGAAUUCAUUAGGGUGAGAGCAGUUCAAGAUACAGAUCUUUCAAUUAGUGAUUCAAAGUUUUUUGAUAAUAGGGUUGCAAAUGCUCUAAUUAAUCAGGAACCAUAUCAGUUAUUAUUAUUUUACAUCACUAAUUGUGAAUUUAUGAGAAAUUAUGGUGGUUCAACCGGUUCAGUAUUGAAUCUCUAUAGAAGUGAUGUAUAUAUUGAAACGUCAAGCUUUUCACAUAAUAUGGCAAUUAAGGGAGGAGCCAUCUAUGGAUUGAACACUAAAACUCUAGAACUUAAAAACUCAAAUUUUACAAAUAAUGAAGCAGAUUAUGGAGGUGCUAUUUUUUUAGUUUACUCUCAACUCUACAAAGGAAAUGCACUACAUCUGAUUAACAGUUUAUGUGAUGGAAAUGUUGCAAAUAUUGCAGGUGGUUGUUUGUUCAGCAAUGAUAACUAUUCAAUGAAGUUAAUUAAAGGAGUGAAUAGAGCAGGAUUUUAUGGUAAUACUUUGGCCUCUGGUUUGGUCGGAUUGAUUGUAGAAUUGGAAGAUAAGAAUGGAAAGUAUCAAACUGUUACGAAUCAAACAAUUAAUGUGUUUCCUGGUGAAUACAUGAACUUUAGAAUCAUUUUAUAUGACAUGUAUUACCAGAAAACUUCAAAAUUGAGAGAUGGUGACUUGUUGAUAUCAUUAGAAGAAUCUCAAUCAUUCGUUAUGCAAAGUCAAAAUUUUGCAAAUGGAAACGAAAGCAUUCUAUUGAGUAAUACUCAAAUUUUACUCAAGAAUUCCAAACAUUUUUUUAAUUCCUCAACAUUUUUAAGACUCAACAUUCUCGGUAUGGAAAGAAUAAUUCAUUUGAACAUUGUAGAAUGUCCAUUAGGAUAUUCAAUGUCAAGAAAUUCUGGAACUUUUAAAUGUGAAAUAAUUCCACUUGAAAUUAUAAUUCCAUCAGCCAUACUUGGAACAAUAUCCUUGAUUAUUAUUUCGAUUAGUUUGAUUAUUGGAUCAGUUUACAUUAUUAGAAAAUUGAAGAAAUUGAGGAAACAAGAAAGAGCAGAAAUGGAAAUUCAGAAAAAGUUUACAGAUAAUAAUUUCAUAUUUAACAAUUCAAAUUCUGAUGUGUUAUCUGAAUUACAUGUUCCAUUGAUAGAAUCUUCAAAAAGCAAUCAAUCAUCUUACCAAUACACAAUACCAAUUUCGGAUAUUAACAUAAUUUCAAAAAUAGGAGAAGGAACAAAUGGAAUAGUUUAUAAAGGAAAAUGGCAAAGGACUGAUGUAGCCAUAAAACAACUGAAGACUUCAGAAGAGGAUAGUGAGGAAUUUGAAAGAGAAGCCAUUUUAAUGAGCUCAUUGAGACAUCCUUCAAUUGUCAGUUGUUUUGGAGUCUCUCUGACACUCAAUAGCAAGUAUAUGGUGGUUGAAUAUUUGGAAAAUGGAAGUUUAGAUAAAGCUCUUUAUAAUUCUAGAAUUGGAAGAGAAAAAUUACUAUUCGAAACCAAGUUGAAUAUUCUAUUCGAUGUUGCCAAAGGAAUGGUCUAUCUUCACUCCAUCAAUCCUAACAAGAUUAUUCACAGAGAUUUAAAACCAGGAAAUAUUUUGCUUACCAAAAAUAUGAAUGCAAAGGUUGGAGAUUUUGGAUUGAGUAAAAUAGUCUCGAAUAACACUGCAACCAUGACUACAAACGUUGGAACUUUGUUGUAUAUUAAAAAGGCCCCUGAAUUAUUAUCAAGUUAUCACAAAGGUCAAACAACAAAAUUAGAUGUUUAUUCGUUUGGGGUAAUCAUGUGGGAAAUUUUAUUCGAAAUAAUACCAUUUUCAAACGAACUUUCAGAUGUGAACACUCCAUUUGCAAUGUGUCCACUCUUUCUUUUGAUAAUUAUCAUUGGAAUACUAAAUAGAAUCAUGACAAGACAGAGAAAUGUCAAAAUUGAUGAAAUGAUUGGAGUAAAUAUUGAAUCGGGACAGAUGGUUGUGUUUGGGGUGAUGGUUGGCUCGUAA